GGACCAUCCACAGACGCCAUGAGGGCUCUGUUGCUCCUGGGGUCCCUGCUGAUGAGCCUGGAUUUGACACUUUUGGCUCCACCAUGGAAAGGCACCAAAGAGUUCAAGCACGGAGCUGAUGAGCCCACUGUGGUUCUCACAGCCGAUGGGAAGCUCUGUCACUUUCCUUUCCUGUACCUCCGCCGCCUGCACCACAGAUGCAUCCACAACCACAAAGGCCGGCCAGGCUCGCGGCCCUGGUGUUCUACCACUCCCAACUUUGACCAGGACCAGCAGUGGGGAUACUGCUCGGAGCCCAAGAAAGUGAAAGAUCACUGCAGCAAACACAGCCCCUGCCACAAAGGAGGGACAUGUGUAAACACCCCCAAUGGCCCACACUGUCUCUGCCCGGAACACCUUACUGGGAAGCAUUGCCAGAGAGAGAAGUGCUUUGAGCCUCAGCUUCUGCGGUUCUUCCAUGAGGGUGAGAUAUGGUUUAGAGCUGGCUCAGAAGGUUUGGCCAGGUGCCAAUGCAAGGGUUCUGGGCCUCACUGCAAGCCGCUGGCAGGUCAGGCCUGCAGCACCAAUAUGUGCCUCAAUGGGGGCAGCUGCCUCCAGGUGGAGGGCCACCGACUGUGCCAUUGCCCUGAAGGCUACACCGGACCUUUUUGCGACUUAGACAUUAAGGCGACCUGUUAUGAUGGCACCGGUCUCAACUACCGGGGCAAGGCUGGAACCACUUUAUCGGGUGCGCCAUGUCAGCAGUGGACCUCGGAGGCCACCUACUGGAACAUGACUGAGAAGCAAGCGUUAAGCUGGGGCCUGGGCCACCAUGCAUUUUGCCGGAACCCGGGUAACGACAUGCGUCCAUGGUGCUACAUCUGGAGUGGCGAUAGACUGGUCUGGGACUAUUGCGACCUGCAGCAGUGCCAGACCCCAACCCAGGCAACGCUAACACCUCGAGUUCCCCUCGAACGUCAGGACCUGCCGGUGCCCCGGCCUUCCACACUGCAGAAGCCUCAACCUACGUCCCAGGAGCCAUCUCUGUCCCAUGCGCUAGAUGCCUCUCCUGAGCAUCAGACUCCUCUGGCCAGGACCAGCCCCGUGGGCUGCGGACAGCGGUUCCGCAAGCGACUAUCCCCGCUCAGCCGCGUUGUGGGAGGACUCGUGGCUCUGCCUGGGUCUCACCCAUACAUUGCUGCGCUGUACUGGGGCAACAACUUCUGCGCUGGCAGCCUCAUAGCCCCCUGCUGGGUGAUGACCGCAGCUCACUGCCUGCAGAAUCGGCCGGCGCCCGAGUAGCUGACGGUGGUGCUCGGUCAAGAUCGCCAUAACCAGAGCUGCGAACGGUGCCAGACGCUGGCUGUGCGCUCCUACCGCCUUCACGAGGGCUUCUCCUCCAUCACCUACCAGCAUGACUUGGCUCUGCUGCGCCUGCAGGAAAAUGAGAACAAUAGCUGCGCAAUCAUGUCGCCUCACAUCCAGCCGGUGUGCUUGCCCAUCGGCGCGGCCCCACCCUCGGAGACAGUGCUCUGUGAGGUGGCCGGCUGGGGUCACCAGUUCGAGGGGGCCGAUGAAUAUGCCAACUUCCUGCAGGAGGCACAGGUGCCCUUCAUCUCCCAAGAGCGCUGCUCCAGCUCUGACAUGCAUGGGGACGCCAUCCUGCCUGGAAUGCUCUGUGCUGGCUUCAUGGAGGGAGGCACCGACGCCUGCCAGGGUGACUCCGGAGGUCCUCUGGUAUGUGAAGAAGGGGAUGCAGAGCACCAGCUCACCCUGAGAGGUGUCAUCAGCUGGGGUUCUGGCUGUGGUGACCGCAACAAGCCCGGAGUCUACACAGACGUAGCCAACUACCUGGCUUGGAUCCGGGAGCAUACAGCCUCAUAA